AUGGCGGCGCCCCCGCCUCAGGGCCCGAGGGGAUCGAGUUCCUGCGACCCGGAGAGGUUGUGGGGAGGGCGGCCUGCAAAAAUGGGGAGCGUUGGCGUGAAUUCAGAUUUAGCCUUGGAAUCAAAUCCAUCUGAUCAUCCCAGAGCAAGCACAAUUUUCCUGAGCAAGUCUCAAACAGAUGUGCGAGAGAAGAGGAAGAGUAAUCACAUCAACCAUGUUUCUCCUGGGCAGCUUACGAAAAAAUAUAGCUCAUGCUCAACAAUAUUUAUAGAUGACAGCACGGUCAGCCAGCCUAAUCUUAGAAGCACAAUCAAGUGUGUUACAUUAGCAAUAUUCUACCACAUAAAGAACAGAGAUUCAGACAGAUCGUUGGAUAUUUUUGAUGAAAAGUCCCAUCCCCUCACACGGGAAGAAGUUCCGGAUGACUACUACAAGCACGACCCUGAUCACAAGCACAUCUACCGGUUUGUACGGACACUUUUCAGUGCUGCCCAGCUGACGGCUGAAUGUGCAAUAGUGACGCUGGUUUACUUGGAAAGGCUUUUAACCUAUGCAGAGAUUGACAUCUGCCCUAGUAACUGGAAGAGGAUAGUCCUGGGUGCUAUUCUGCUGGCCUCUAAGGUCUGGGAUGAUCAGGCUGUAUGGAAUGUGGAUUACUGCCAAAUAUUGAAGGACAUAACUGUUGAGGACAUGAAUGAGAUGGAAAGACACUUCCUGGAGCUGCUGCAGUUUAAUAUCAAUGUUCCUGCCAGUGUUUACGCCAAAUACUACUUCGAUCUUCGCUCCCUAGCAGAUGACAAUAACCUGAGCUUUCUGCUGGAGCCGCUUAGUAAAGAAAGAGCACAGAAACUGGAGGCUAUCUCCCGGCUGUGUGAAGAUAAAUACAAAGACUUGUCAAAAGCUGCUAUGAGACGAUCUUUCAGUGCUGAUAAUUUAGUUGGUAUCCGCCGUUCUAAUGCCAUCCUCUCCUGAGGAGAGAGAAAGGUGCAGCACCAUGAACCAGCAUCCCUACGCCCCGGAGGAAUCCACCACUCCAUGCACACGAGCCAGCGGUGAUGGUGUCUUCCAGCGAGAGGAGGAGAGAGGGUAAAACCAGCCAAGGGAGCCCAGAGCUUAAGGAGAUCCUCAGUGCAAAAGAUCACUUUGUCAAAUCGAACUCUCCUCCUUUAAAUGUAUCCAGAGGUGCAAAAACAAACUUUUCUCAGUCUCUCCCCCACAGAUGUUUGCUUACUAUGUAGGCCUAUAGCUGUGAACUCGUGAAGUUUUUAAUAAUGAGUAGUUUUAAAUUUUAGAAUUGAAACACUAACACCGUGACUAUAGUUACAAUGUUCUUCCCUCCUCUCCCCUGUCAGCCUGAACUUUGCUGCAUUUGUCUUUCAGGUCAGUGCAGUGUUAACAAAAACAAAACAUGGGACUCUUAACAAAUUAUAAAGCCACUCUGGAAUUGAAAAACUGUAGCAUAGACAAGUGUUGAUGGCUUUUCCCUGGUUUGGCUACUAAAAGCUGCUAUUAUCGAUGAUCUGUUCAUAACCAAGAAGCUGCCUAGCAGGAAGGAAUCCUAUCUUUGCACCAACAACUUACUCCCAUAGAGAUUGUCAAAAAACUUUGGAUGUUUUGACCGUGAGCAGGGAAAUGGUUUCACGUAUUGUUAAAGUAUAUAGGGUCCAUGCUGCA